CUAAACUGUAGCCAUCAAAGCUGUUCUCCGAACAUUACGCAAGCUGUCUUUUUUCCUCUUUCCCAACAGGAAAAAGUCGAUUUAAUUAUCUGGCAACACUAAUGUGAAGUUGUAGAGCAGUAGAAGUUUUGCUUUCAAAUUUUGGAAUGUUCAGAAAUUUGGGAAUUCUUCAAAUGUUGUUGAGGUUUGGUCGGCGAUGCAAAGAUCAUCGCGGUCGCAAAGUAUUCAGUAUGAUUCAAGAUAAUAAAGAAAAGUUUUAUUACAUCGGUGCGAGCAUUGGCACCGGAAUUACACUGAUGAUUUUCAGUGACAAACUCCAAAAGUUUGGUACGAAACGCGACAUUGGCUUGGUCCGAGCGAAUCCACACUCAAAACCCAUCAAGGAUGAAGACGUACAGAUGUCCCAGUUAACUCAGAGAGAACGGAGGUUUAUUAAAUUUGCUUCAGUUGAAUAUGAUGGGCAAUUAUAUAUGACACCUCAAGAUUUUUUAGAUUCUGUAACUGAUACUGAUCCAAGACCACGACUCAAGAGAAAGGUGUUAACAAAAAAGGAACUUCACUCUUUGUAUGACAGUACACCACCAAGGCGCAAAGGAAGCACAAAUUUAUUUCGCUCUCUGCAUGAAAAAGGUAUCAUAUCAUAUACAGAAUACCUGUUUUUACUGUCUGUUCUCACAAAACCACAGUCGGGUUUUCGAAUUGCAUUUAAUAUGUUUGAUACUGAUGGCAACCAAAGGGUGGAUAAAAAGGAAUUUCUCGUGGUCCUACACCUUUUAGUAAAGUCUUUUUUUAAAAGAACAUCUGAAAAUAUAGGACUUUAUUCUGGUGUUCCACCUAAAGUUCUGGAGAAAAUCUUUAGCACUGUUGCAAGGAAAGGAAAUAUGUUGCGAAGGAAAGAUAGAUCUAAUGGUGAUGAAGAUGAUGAUUUUGAUACAGUUGAUACUACAUUACUUAUUCAUUUAUUUGGUAAAAAAGGAAAUGAAGAUCUUAGCUAUGAUGAUUUUUACAGGUUUAUGGAUAAUUUACAAACAGAAGUUUUGGAGUUGGAAUUUACAGAGUUUUCUAGAGGAAUGCCCACAAUAUCUGAAGUUGAUUUUGCUCGUAUCUUAUUAAGGUAUACUCUUGUGCACAGUAGUGAUUAUGAAGCAUACAUAGAAAGAGUGCAUGAGCGUAUUCCAGAUGAAAAGGGUAUAUCAUUUGCACAGUUUAAAGCAUUUUGCCAGUUCCUUAAUAAUUUGGAUGAUUUUUCCAUUGCAAUGAGGAUGUUUACAUUUGCAAAUAGGCCUAUUUCACAAGAGGAAUUUCAUCGUGCUGUUGCAAUCUGUACUGGCCAUAGCUUAGAUAGCAACUUAGUGAAUGCUGUAUUUCAAAUCUUUGACGAAGAUGGAGAUGGACAGUUAUCAUACAAAGAAUUUAUUGCUAUAAUGAGGGACAGGCUGCACAGAGGUUUCAAAUCUCAUCUCGUCAAAACAGAAGGAUGGGACGCUUUCAAGUCUUGCAUCAAAACAGAAAUGAGAAACUAAGUGAAAGAUUUGGAUUACACUUAGUACAAAAUAAUUUUCUACUAAUUUAAGGUUCAUUGUACAAGUAAGCUUCCAAGUGCAAGCACACUUUACAUAUACGUAUUGAAAGAUUAAAAUGUAAAAAAUAUGUUAUACAUUGAGUAUUUCUAUGUAUGUAGUUACUGUGAUAAGAAUGCAUUUUGCUGCUUUAGAAGAGUAAUUUGAGUUUUAUAAUGUAUACUCAUGUAUUCAUUACACAUACCCUAGAAGAUACAGUGAUCAGUCAAAUGUGAACAAUCUGUACAACCAAAUCAGUUUGGCAACCAUUUAAUUCAUAUCAUUUUAACUAACUUUCGGGCAAUGCUAGCUGCUUUCUACAUUAAUUAAUGAAGAAAAUCUCAUCCCUUUGUUAUAUUUUGAAGUAUAUGCAUGUUAUUAGUUACUUUUAUAAGUGAACAGAAAAAUCUAAGUUAGACCUGUUGCAUUUCUUAAAUUCUCAUGGUGUAUGAUAGCAGUGACUCAUUACAUAAUUACAGGAAAACUGCAUCUGAGAUAGUAAAACGAUUACUCUUUCUUGAGAAAAAAUAUAAAUUUAUUAAUAAAUAUGCUUUAACAUUUUUAACAAGAAAAGUUUUUUAUAUGCUUUUUGGUUCCAACUGUGAGAGGAAAAUUUACUUUCCUCAUUACUGUUAACUCUUUUUAAAAUUCAGUUACUGGAAAAUAGUCCUUAUAAAGUACGUCAUUGUUCAUUUUGAGAACAUGAAGCUACACUGAUGUAGUGAAUGCUGGAAAGUAUUAUUGUAGACUUUGGAAGUAAGUUCCAAAUUUUAUUUAUAAUUCUCCUAAUAAUUAUUGUUUAAUUUUACUUUUAAGAAAGCUCAAAUAUCUGAAUAGAAAAGCUCUACAAUUUUUACUUUAUAAUUAAAAUAUCAAAGCUAAUCGUUAUCACUGGUAGGUGUCACUGUACAUAAUAAAUGUAUUUAAAUAGUUUUCUUUUCAUAACUUUCUGGGAGCGGGAGCAGACAGUUGUUAUUGCAAGUAGUAAUUUUUUUCUAAUAAUUUUUGGAGCAAUAAAUAUUUUACUAUGCCAUUUCUUAUUUUAUAUGUAUAUAUUUUUUGGAUGAUGUUGAUGGUGACUCCCGGUGCUCUUAAUAUACAACCGAAUACCUGAAAACAUGUGAAUGGAAUGUAAUAUUUUGAUUGUUACACAUGCAGCAAAGAUAUAUUCCAAUAUACUCCAUUAUUUGUAAUUGGAGGUUUUUAAAUUAUGAGUAAUAUAUUGUUUUGCUAUAUUUUAGAAGUGUGAAAUACUCUGCCAAAGAAACUGAGUCUAAAAAUUAUAUUUUAAUUUGUUGAUUGUAUGUACUGUUGCUGUUUAUUUUAUAUGCAUCAUAACAAACCUGAAGUGCCCGUAUUUUUGUGCCUUUAGAAUGUAGUGCGAAAAGCGCUUGUUUCAAAGUUAAUAUAAUGGAACUGAAUAAAAAAUAAUAUUCAAA